AUGAAACAGGAGGUGUCUGAAUUUCUCUCCAACGAGUUGUUCUCGGAAAAAAGGGUAAUAUCGUACAGAACUCUGAGCCGCGAAACAAAUAUUUCAAUCGACGAUGCCAAGAGGGAACUAUCAGAGUAUAGAGAUCAGUAUCUUGAGAAAGUGAAAGCUACAUAUGUUUUGAUAGGAAAGGCGAGCGCCCAACCUGGCACCAGGCUGACGAUUCAGCUCUCAACAGCACAAUCAUUGUCUCAGACCAAGUCUUCUUUCGAAAUCAUUGAAAGUGAACAUAUUUACAGUCUCUCGGUAUCUACGCCUGAUUUGAAGAGUUUGUGCAAUAACGAAAUGGUGACUCCUUGUGAUGCAAAGCAAGUGCUACCUAUCAAAGGACCAGAGAUUGUGUUUUUGGACACCGGGAUCAGGAGACCAAUUCCAGUUUCGGAACCAAAGAGAGAGCCAAAGAGAGAACCAGUGGCGCGUGUAGCGUCACGUUCUGAGACGAAAAGCGUUGACACAGGACUGAAGUCAGGUUACGUUUCGCGUAAAACUGUAAAUGCAAAAACUGAGCCAAAAGCUCAAGCAAAACCCAAGUAUCAAUACGUUUCGCGGAAAAAUGAACCCAAAAGGCCAGUUGAGAAGGUGAUAGUUGGCUCAGUGGAUGUUGAUGAUAUUGAAGAAGGUCACUUGCCAAAGAAGUCCAAAAUUGAGCUUGAAGAGGAAAGGAAGGAGAAGGAAAAGCGCCAGGAGGAACUGGAGAAACUUUUUGACGACGAUGACGACUUUGAUAUGGAUGAUGAUUUUGCAGAGGCUACGGUUGAAAAGAAGGUUGCAUCUCCAGUUGUGGACACUGUAGAACUCAAGGGUCAGGAUAGUCCAAAGACAUCGAAGCUGGAGAUUGAGCAGGCACCAGAAGAAGAGGUUGCUGAUGCUGUUAACACUAGGCCGAUCUCUGUUGAGCCUGAAAUUGAAACAUAUGUGGAUGAAGAUGGCUAUACGGUUACGAGAACCAAAAAAGAGGAAAAGAAGUCGGCUCCACCAGCCUCUUCAUCUUACACAUCGCGAAAGAAAGCUGAAAAAUCUGAUCCAGUUCCAAAGAAGCCUAAAUCUAAGGCAAGUGGUCAGCAAAGCAAUCUAUUGAGUUUUUUUGGAAAGAAAUAG